CCGUCAAACAGUCGCGUCUCUCUUCGAUGUAGUGUUUUCCGUGCGCGGAUUUCUAUAGUUCUAGAUAAAACAAAAAACAAUAAAUAAUUUGAAUACCGCAUCACGGGUACAUGAAGCAUAAAUAAGCGAGAUUGCGCUGUGCAAAAUAUUUAUAAGCAAUUACGAAAGUGAAACUGUCGGAAGAGUGCGAGGUGCGGCAAAUUAUCGGCGGAAAAAUUUCAAGGGUGUGUGUUGAUAUGCCGCUUCUGUUUCUUCAGCUUGUGCUCUGACUGCUGCUACCAGUGGCCGUUUUAUGGUGCUUGUCGGUCAGUCUACCCGCACUUCAAUACAUAUUCUGGGGCGGUGAACGAAAAAUCGAUUGUUCGGUUGGCGGUGGCCUAUUAGUUCGAGAGCCUAAAAACUGUUAGCCGUCUUUAGUGUUUCUGUCCACUACCAAAACCUAUUUCUAGUGUUUUCCGCAACUAUAUUUGCUAGCAUAAAAAAGUGUGAAAAAGUUGUAGUUCAAUUACCUGGUAGACAACAUGCUGCUAUGACUAAAGUCUAAUACUAAUCGUUGUUGCUGAUACGGAAUAAGGAAACGUUUUUUUAUCUUUGACAGAAAAACUUUAUAGCAAUCGAGAUAUUGGACGGUGUUCCAACAGUGAUAAGGAAUGACAUCAUAUUUCAACACAAAAACCCUACGAUAUGCUUGAUAAAAACACAACUAUCACCCAGCACUUUAUAUAAAGAGAUUUAAAAACGAUAUCGAUAAUAUGCCCGAACCUUGCCGACAUCUCGACCAGACAGAAGCACACGAGGAACGUUGAAAUUGUAAAAGCCAAAAAACUCAAAAACCCCGUACAAAUUGGAUUGUGUGUCGCGAUCAAAAAACACAAAAAAAAAAAUAGAAAAACUCACAUAUAUGAUAGAAAAAAACAAAUAUUUCGACAAAAAUCGAAUUCGACAACUCUAAUAGUUAGAGUUACCCAAUAAUUAGAUUUGUAAGCCGAAUAGUUAGCGAACUAUAAGCUAAGAUUUGCACACCCGUAACGCGAAUGUGACUCGAUUUCUUCGUUUGGUCAGCAAACAAAAAAUUAUCAGCAGGCACAAAUUUAAGUAAACUCUAAAGGCGACAUUUUUAUUAACAAACCAAAAAAGAAGUAGAAAAUUAAAAGCAUAAAAAAACCAUCACGUAUGCACUUAAGCAUUUAAAAAACGUAACUAUCGCACCAAAAAAAAAACAAACAACAAGUAGUAAUUAGGGGCAAAGUAUAUAAACACAAAUUCAAAAAUAGACGUAUGUACGUACAGAAAUAACGCCUGAAUAUCUUAACUGCAAGCACUUGAAACUUAAGCAAAAAGAACUUAAAUCCCUAGCUAAACAACUAAGUAAGCAACAUAGCAAGUCAACAAGCUGUUAACAAGCAAUUUUGUACAUUACAAAUCGCGGUCAUUUAAACCUCAUUCACAUACACAGAUCCGUCUCAGCAAACAAUAUAGUACGACUAUAACAGCAAAAGCAAAUAAUCAAAAAGAACAAGAAGAAGAAGAAAAAGGAAAGCAGGAGAAAUAUUAAAUAGCAAAUUAUUAACAAAUUUAAUAAAUAUACGAUAUACGCCGUCAAGAACACCAUCAACAUCGGCAACAGCAGCAGAAACAUAAUGAACUCAAGCACAAAGCAUCUGCUGCAUUGCACACUCCUUAUCAUUGUGAUAAUAACAUUUGAAGUAUUCUCUGGUGGUAUUAAAAUUAACGAGAAUUCAUUUACGCUCGUUGAUCCAUGGACUGAGUACGGCCAAGUGGCCUCCGUACUUUUGUACUUAUUACGAUUCCUUACUAUUCUUACGUUACCGCAAGUAUUGUUUAAUUUUUGCGGUCUCGUUAUCUAUAAUGCCUUCCCCGAGAAGGUGGUGCUAAAGGGUAGUCCAAUUCUGGCGCCAUUCAUAUGCAUACGCGUGGUGACGCGCGGUGACUUUGCCGAUUUGGUUAAGUCGAAUGUGUUGCGCAACAUGAACACUUGUCUAGAUACAGGUUUGGAAAAUUUCCUCAUCGAAGUGGUCACCGACAAGCCAGUUAAUUUAGCACAACAUCGACGUAUACGUGAGAUAGUCGUGCCGAAGGAGUACAAAACACGUACUGGUGCAUUGUUCAAGUCACGUGCUUUACAAUAUUGUCUAGAGGAUGAUGUGAACGUGUUGAACGACAGCGAUUGGAUCGUACAUUUGGAUGAAGAAACUUUGCUGACCGAGAAUUCGGUGCGUGGUAUUAUUAAUUUUGUAUUGGACGGCAAGCAUCCAUUUGGACAGGGUCUCAUCACCUAUGCCAAUGAAAAUGUGGUUAAUUGGUUAACUACGUUGGCGGAUAGUUUCCGUGUGUCGGAUGAUAUGGGCAAAUUGCGUUUGCAAUUCAAAUUGUUUCACAAGCCGUUGUUCAGCUGGAAGGGCAGCUAUGUGGUUACGCAGGUUUCUGCUGAACGCCAAGUAUCCUUCGAUAACGGCAUCGACGGCUCUGUAGCUGAGGACUGUUUCUUUGCCAUGCGAGCCUUUGCCCAGGGUUACACUUUCAAUUUCAUCGAAGGUGAAAUGUACGAGAAGUCCCCAUUCACGCUGCUCGAUUUCUUACAACAACGCAAACGCUGGUUACAAGGCAUAUUACUCGUCGUACACUCAAAAAUUAUACCACUCAAGCACAAACUCUUGCUUGGCAUCAGCGUCUACUCGUGGGUUACCAUGCCGCUAUCCACUUCGAACAUUAUUUUUGCCGGCCUCUAUCCAAUACCAUGCCCGAAUUUAGUGGAUUUCGUUUGCGCUUUUAUUGCCGCCGUUAAUAUAUAUAUGUAUGUAUUCGGUGUCAUAAAAUCAUUCUCGCUGUAUCGUUUUGGGCUACUAAAAUUUAUGGCCUGUGUAUUGGGCGCCGUUUGCACCAUACCAGUGAAUGUGGUUAUCGAAAAUAUUGCCGUAAUUUGGGGGCUAUUCGGCAAGAAGCACAAAUUCUAUGUGGUGCAAAAAGACGUGAGAGCAAUGGAAACUGUUUGAGUGGAGAGCGGAGAGUCUGCAUCACCUUCACAUUGCUUCAGCACUCUUUUAUUAGCUGUCGCUAUUAAAGCCACAUAAGCGUAAAGAUUGUGCUGCCCAGGACAAAUAUACUACAAUUACCAAAAACUCAACACAUAUGGUGCGAUACUUUGCUUAUGCGUCCUUUGCUCUAUGCCAUUGUAGCCAGCGUCCAAUUAGCCGUCGCGGUCACCAGUGCCAUCGCCUGGACACCAUUAUAGUUGAUAUUGCUGUUGCCACAAAACAAAUCUCCUGCGCACUUUUCACCUUUUGUCAAAUCCUCAUGAAAACUUGAAUGCACAAAUGCGAAAUCACGCACAGACGCUCCUACCCAGCACCACCACCAACACUACGAACACCAUCACGCAAACAGCACAAACCCAUUUACAAAAUUAGUUCACUCACACUUAUAGCAUAAAUAUCAUUAUAGUUUAUAUAUAUACAUAUAUUUUACAUACAGUAAUUAGAUCUAAAUUUGUUUAAUAUUAUUACAUGUUAUGGAGAAAGAGUUAUUGCAUCAGUUGUGUGUGUAUAGUCAACUAAUAAUGAUGUUGAUCUGGUGAUGAUUAAAAUGUUAAUUUUGUUGAACAAUUCUAUCAGACCCUAAGUAUUUACUUAUAUAUGUAUACAGAAGCUUGCAACAAAUAUUUGUAAAAACUAACCGUAGUGUAACUUCUAACCAUGAACUACUGUAUGUACAAGCAGACACCGUUUCACGAAAAAAGCGCACAUGCAAAUUGGUUUCGACGUAAAGUGUCUGACCCAAAAGACAUCUAAUACAUCUACUUCGUACACAUUACCCCACUCUCUUUUAUAAUUUUGUAUAAUACAAAGUUUUAUUUUCUCUUUAACUAGCUUGAGUUACUCUAUUGUAAUUUUUUUUCCACAAAAAUUUAAUUAUUUAAGUCAAAUAUAGUUAAAAAUUAAUGUAGCAAAAGUCGUAAAUAUUUUUAGUUUAAAGUACAUAAUCUACAAUAUAAGUUAAAAAAAUACAUCCCAAUUGUUGCAAGCAUAGAAAAAAUUGAAAAAGCAACAAAAACACACUGUAAAAGCUUUAAGAAAUUGAAUGAAUAUUUAUGUACAUAUUAUUUUCUAUAUGUUUUUCAUUUUUAUAUAUAAUACUUAUACAACCUCUUAUUAUUUUUGUUUAUAUAUUGUCUCAUUGUCGCAUUAGUUGUAAGCCUAAAACAAAGUGAAGCAAAUUAUUAAAAUCAUCAUCUUCGACAAAGUUAAAUUACAUUAAAUUGUUAACACGCAUACAAUACAAAAAGUAAAAAUUAAAUAAAACAACAACAAAGUAUUACCAUGAAA